AUGACUGUGAUCUGCGUCCUCAUCUGGACUCUCCUCUGCUGCUGCUUCACAGGUAAAGUCCAGAGAAUCCAACUCCUCUCCUCCAUGAACAUCCGUCCCUCUGAAAUGAAGCCCACAAAACCAUGACGCUGCUUUCUGUCUUUGUCUCUGUGUCCUCAGAGUCCAGAGGACAGGUCACAGUGACUCAGCCUGCAGCCAUGACCUCUGCUCCAGGAGGAAACGCACAAAUCAGCUGCACCACCAGUCAGGCUCUUUACAAAUUCAGCAAUGGCUACUUCUUAUCCUGGUUCCAACAGAAGGCUGGAGAAUCUCCUAAAGCGCUCAUUCACGGCAUCAAUGAGAGGGUGUCGGGGAUAUCAAGUCGUUUUUUAGGCAGUGGAUCAGGAUCUAGUUUCACUCUGACCAUCAGUGAAGUCAUGACUAAAGAUGCAGCAGUUUAUUACUGUCAAGGAGCGAACUACAUCAACAGUGUGUACGUGUUCACACAGUGA